AUGGAUGCUCCAGCAGCGCGUGCCCUGGGCGUCACCACGGAGAGCGUCCCGAGGUGCUCCGGGCUGCUUCUCCCUCUGGCGCCGACGGCCAUAGGCCCGCGCCAGCUGCAAGCUCCAGGCCAGCCCAAUCUCAACACCAUCCGCCGCCACUGCUGUAUAACCGCGUCGCGUAUAUGCCACCGCAACUCGCCUGUACCGAGCUCUCCUCACACAUCGAAGGGUCCACCGUCCGGCCAGUUAGAAUUCCCUCAGCCGUCGCGCACUGUGUCCCGCAUGCAGAGGAACGGCUUCUGUGCUGCAACACAGCUGCAAGCCUCGCGCACGAACGACUCUGCCUAUUCGAUGCUCGCACUGACCUUGUCCGAGAUCCGCCUUGCUGGACAGAUCCACCCGCUCGGGCUCAAAGUGCGGUCGAAAAGCAAGGACUGCCAGGUAGCCAGCUCCCCCCUGUCCGCCAUUGGCUCCGCGUCUAGCAUCGGUUGCCCUCUGCGCGGCUGCUGCAUGCUACAACAGCGUGAGAAGUAG